AUGUCAGCCAACAACGCCGACUUCGACAGCGCCCCCGAGCCCUUCCGCGGCACGCGCUCCCAAGUCGGCCCCUUCCUUGCCCAGCUUGAUGAGGAGUUCAAGGCUCAGCCUGAUGUCUUCUCCAGCGACCAUGCCAAGAAGGUCACGUACGCGACGUCGAACCUUCGCGGUGCCGCCAUGAAGUGGGUCCUCGCCCACCCCGAGGCGACACAGGGGACCUGGGACCAGUUCGUCAAGGAGUUCUGCGAGCGCUUCGGCAAUCCCGACGAGAGCCAGACGGCGUUCAACCAGCUCAAGAAGCUGAAGCAGCACGGUAGCGCCAAGGGUUACCUUCAGCGCUUCAACAUCUACGCUGAGAAAGCCAAGCUGGACGACAACACGAAGAAGAACAAGUGGUUCUACCGCGGCCUCGCCGACGACGUCAAGGACAGCCUGAUGGCGAGCGAUUGGGACUGGAAGAUGGACUUCAACCAGUUCGCCGACAUGGUCGUCAAGAUCGACACCAAGCUCCACCCCCCGCACCUCAACGAGCAGGAGAACCGGUACGGUCAGUGA